UGUGCUAAUGAUUGUGGUUUUUACGGUUCUCCUGCAAUAAAUAACUUUUGUUCAAAGUGUUAUAAAGAUUAUCUCGUCAAAUUAAAGGGUUGUGAAACGACAAAUAAGAGUUUUUGUUUAGAGAAUUUAUCAUCGUCAUCAUGUACUGCUCAAAGUGAAGAGAUGCACUCAUACCAAAUAGAUUUUAAGAAAAUUGGUCGUCAAGUUUUAAUUCAACAAAAUCAUUUAUGCAAAGCGGAUAAACUAAAACAUAGGAUUUAG